CACAACCUUUGUCACCACGUUCUUUUAGGGAAUAUUCAUUCGCCGUGAGCCUGCGCGUUAGCCUGUCGUCAGUGUCGUCGAGAGCAGGCGAGAUCUCGAAACGCACGAUCUCGAAUCGUGUUUGCGGCGCGGUACGUGAGUGCGUCGUGUAUUUGUUUCUUUCUCGUCCUACGGACUCAAUCGGGAACAUGACGCAAGAAGGCCAGAUACCUCCUCCACCAGUCAUGUGGGCUCAGAGGAAAGAUAUCUUGUAUGUUACUAUUUGCCUAGAAGACUGUAAGGAUCCUAUAAUUGAAAUCGAACCAGAAAAAGUAUAUUUCAAAGGAGAGGGAGGCACAGAGAAUAAAAUGCAUGAAGUUACAAUUAAUUUAUACAAGGAGAUUGAUCCAAACAAAACUAUAAAAAACAUGAAAGGUAGAACCUUCGAAUUAGUUCUUGUUAAGAAAGAGGAGGGACCAUAUUGGCCACGAUUAAUCAAGGACAAAACAAAGGCUCACUGGUUAAAGAGUGAUUUUAACAAAUGGAAGGAUGAGGAUGAUACCGAAGACGAAAGCAGUCCACCUGACUUAGAAGAGAUGAUGCGGCAAAUGGGUGGCUUAAGCGAUUCCGGUGACAAAAAACCGAAUUUUGAUGACUUAGAUGAUUUAGGGGAUGCCGAGGCGGAUAGCGAUGACGAAGAUCUUCCGGAUUUAUAUGAUUAAAAUAAUAACUGUAAACGAUACCUGUAUCGAAUAAUUAAUUAAAUAAUGAAUUACACUAAAAACAAAUGGCAACCUAAUGAUAGAGCACGAUUGGGCAAUAUUUCAGUAGGCCUUGCUAUUUGUAUUCUUCUAUUGCAAAUUUUGCAGAUUCGCUAAUGACCGUGUUGCAAGUAGCAAACUGAAUGAAUAUAAUAACUUUAUUGGUACAGUAAAGAAGAAUAUUAGAGUAUGCAAAGAGAAAGAAAGCAAGCAACCAAUAGGCGAGAUAACAGCAUUGAAGCUGCUGUAUUAUAGCCUUACCUGAAUACAAAGAAAUUUUAAUAAAAAUAACGAAUGAAAGUUUAUAAAAAUUGGAUGGAAACUGUAUAACUCUCCGCAGCAUAACGAAAUAAAUGAAGAUGCAAAUUGAAUAAAUCAAGAUAGAGCAUAUUUCACUAUAAAACAGAAGAUAGCAAAGAAGUUUGCACGAAAAUAUAUUAAAGAAAAAAAAGGAUGAAAUGAGACAAAACAGUACCGGGUAAGGCACAGCGCAUACUGUAAAACAACCGAUGAACAUAUACACGUCUUUAAGGAUCCUUCACAUCUCUCCUCCCUAUUAGCCUGUAGUUCAUAUAUUAAGUUAUAAUGGGACAAGCUUUUUUAAUAAUGUAUCGUAUAAAAUAUCAAGAAGAGAUAAAACAGUGGGAGUAACAAAAAUUACUUGUGGAAUUAUUUUGUAAGAUCCUAUGAAGCACUACUCGGCUGGCAUGACAAAUGUUAUAAAUGUUGUACGAUGAGAUAAAAAUAUCGAUACUUUA